AUGGCGUUAGAAGGAAGGCGUCUACCGACUGACUAUGAAAACUCAAGUAAAGACGCUCUUCCCGACUCAAAAUUGGAAGAGCGCAAUCCCAGUGAUGAAGCCUUGGACACCGAGAAUGGCACAAGAAGCAGGUUCGGGUUCGGGAACAGCGAUAAGCAUCCCGGUGGUAGAAUUGCUCCCGUCCUGUCUCAUCUGAGAGGAUACGACUUUGGCAGCGACACCGACAGCACAGAUAUCCUAGGGAAGCAAAUUGAAUUGGAGGCCGGCAAUGACAUUCAGUACCGAACUUGCAGUUGGCCCAAGGCAAGUGGAAUUUCUUUGCGACGUAGGCAAUGGCAUGCGCUAACUGGGUUUCAUCAGACUGCCGCCUUGCUCUUCUCCGAAUAUAUCUGUUUGGCUAUUAUGUCAUUUCCAUACAGCUAUUCGGUUUUGGGCCUUGUUCCCGGUUUGAUCUUGACAGUGGUCAUAGCUGGACUUGUCUUGUACACGUCGCUCGUCGUUUGGGAGUUCUGUUUGAGGCAUCCAGAAGUACGAGAUGUGUGUGACAUCGGCCAAAUGCUCUUUUGGGGUAAAACCUGGGCAUGGUAUGCCACUGCAGUCAUGUUCGUCUUGAACAAUACCUUCAUUCAGGCCCUGCACGUGCUUGUCACGGCGAAGUACCUUAACACCAUCACGAGUCACAGUCAAUGCACUAUCGUGUUCGCAGUUAUCGGCACAGUAAUUUGCUUCUUCUUCUCACUCCCCAGGACUUUCUCAGCCCUGGCCAAGCUAGCAACUUUCUCUGCAUUCUUCACCUUCCUCUCGGUCUUGCUUGCAGCGAUUUUCGCGGCGAUCGAGGCGCACCCGGCUGGAUACAAUCCUGACCCAAAUUAUGUUAAUCCGAAAACGGGACUUCCUGGCGGGGAGCCGAUUGUCACCGCGCUUCCUGUCAAGGGUACGACAUUUGUUGCAGGGAUGAACGCUUUCUUGAAUAUCAGCUAUACGUUUAUCGGUCAAAUUACUCUCCCCAGCUUCAUUGCUGAAAUGCGCAACCCAAAGGAUUUCCCCAAGGCUUUGUGGGCAGUAACCAUCGCCGAGGUCUUCAUCUUCGGCAUCGUGGGUGCUGUUGUGUACGCAUACACUGGCAACCAAUACAACACAGCACCGGCCUUCGGCUCUUUGGGCAAUGAUAUUUACAAGAAAGUAUCAUUCUCCUUCAUGAUUCCGACUUUGAUUUUCCUCGGCGUUCUCUACGCAUCAGUCUCAGCGAGGUUCAUCUUCUUCAGAAUUUUUGAAGGGACAAGACAUAAGUCUAGCCACACUGUUGCUGGUUGGUCUGCAUGGGCAGGCAUUUUGGCUGCUACUUGGGUUCUGGCCUUCAUCAUUGCAGAAGUUAUCCCUUUUUUCUCCGAUUUGUUGUCAUUGAUGUCGUCACUCUUCGAUUCCUUCUUCGGUUUCAUCUUCUGGGGUCUUGCUUAUAUUCGUAUGAGAAGAGUGGACGGGGGCGUGACUUGGUUAAAGGAACAGUCGCUAUAUGGAUACUCGAUGUUGGCGCUUAAUAUCGUCAUCAUCCUGAUAGGCCUCUUCUUUCUAGGUGCUGGCACUUAUACUAGUGUGCAGAGCAUCAUUACCGACACUGAGGGGUCUGUUGGGGGUGUCUUCACGUGUGCCGAUAAUGGUCUUUGA